AGAGCGAGGGAGGGAGAGAGAGAGAAAGAGGGAGGUGGUGAGUCGGUUUCUGUUCUCCCACGCUUCCUCAACCAUGUCUCAGCCGGGUCCAGUUUUCAUGGUGAAGACCUCCGCGGAUCAGCUGUAGCCUGACUGCGUGUAUGUGUCCGUGGGUGUGUGGGGGUGGGUGCGUGUGUCCAGUCCAGAGAUUGUGCGAUGCUGACAGCAUGUUCCCUGAUCGAGGAGCUGAGCGCUGAGCAGCAUAGAGGAGGCACAGUGGAGCUACGUGCGCGGUUACAGCGGGCUGUUGCAGCAGGGCGGCAUCAUGGAGGCUGGAUGUGUGGUUGCCGCGGUGAUUGAGGAUGCUGCUUCAGGACCCCGGGGAGAACCAGGAAGUGGUGACGUCCUUGAGGGAGAUGUGCAACCAUCAGCUGACGUAGACAACGACGACGCCUUACCUCAACCCAGCAACAACAAUCCUCCAGAGAAGAAACAGCCACAGGAGACAUCCACUGCCAUGGUGGGGAGCGAUGAUAUCGCGGAGCCUCCAGCCGAGCCGCUCCUGCGCUCCUGCGUCAGCACGGCCAGCAUGAAGGUCAAGAACAUGAAGAAGCUGACGUUCCCCAAAGGUCACUUCCCCAGGUUGGAGGAGUGCGCCCAUUUCCACUAUGAGACUGUUGACUUUGGCAACGUUCAGUUGGCCUUCGCCGAGGGGCCGAGUGAAGGACCAAAGGCUGGUCCGGACUCCAAUGAGCUGGUCUUACUGGUCCAGAUCACCUGCCAGGGUAAAAACUGGCUGGUGAAGAGAUCCUACGAAGAUUUCCGGGUGCUGGACAAACACUUACAUCUGUGUAUCUAUGACCGUCGCUACUCCCACCUCACCGAGCUGCCACGAUACGACUCGUUAAAGGACUCUGUGGAGUCAGUGACAGAUAUGUUGGCCACCUACCUGUCCCGCUUCUCCGCCAUCGCCGACAACAAGAUCAACUGUGGUCCGGUGUUGACAUGGAUGGAGAUCGACAACAAGGGAAACCAUCUGCUGGUGACUGAAGAGGCCUCCAUCAAUGUCCCCGCCAUCGCCGCCGCCCACGUCACCAAACGCUACGCGGCCCAGGCCAGCGACGAGUUGACCUUCGAGGUCGGGGACAUCGUGUCGGUGAUAGACAUGCCUCCUAAAGAAGACACGGGCUGGUGGAGGGGGAAACACGGCUUUCAGGUCGGCUUCUUCCCCUGCGACUGUGUCGAGCUGAUAAAUGACAAGAUGCCCCCCAGUGUUCAAAGCUCUGUGCCGAAGCCAGUGUGUAAGAAGCACGGCAAGCUGGUGACGUUCCUGAGGUCUUUCAUGAAGUCCCGGCCGCCGCCACAGAAGCUGCGGCAGCGUGGGAUCCUCAGGGAGCGCGUGUUCGGCUGUGACUUGGGGGAACAUCUCCACAACUCAGGACAUGAGGUUCCACAGGUCGUUAAGUGCUGUGCUGACUUCAUAGAGAAAAAUGGAGUCGUGGACGGAAUCUACAGAUUAUCUGGAAUCUCCUCCAACAUCCAGAAACUGAGGCACGAGUUUGACUCUGAACAGAUCCCAGACCUGAGCAGAGAGGUCUUCAGACAGGACAUCCACUCCGUGGGCUCCCUCUGCAAACUGUACUUCAGGGAGCUGCCCAACCCGCUGCUCACCUACCAGCUCUACGAGAGAUUCUCAGAGGCCGUGUCUGCAGCCACGGACGAGGAGAGGCUGGUCAAAAUCCACAAUGUCAUCCAGCAGCUGCCUCCUCCACAUUACAGGACUCUGGAGUUCCUCAUGAGACAUCUGUCGCGCCUGGCCACCUUCAGCCCCAUCACUAGCAUGCACACUAAGAACCUGGCUAUCGUCUGGGCACCUAACCUCCUCAGGUCCAAACAGAUCGAGUCGGCCUGUUUCAGUGGCACGGCGGCGUUCAUGGAGGUGCGUAUCCAGUCGGUGGUGGUGGAGUUCAUCCUCAACAACACGGAGGCGCUCUUCAGCCAGAAACUCAACGCCAUCAUAAGGGAAAGCACUGGUAACAACACCAUGUCCAGACCGAAGUCCCUGCUGGUCUGCUCCCCGUCCACAAAGCUGCUCUCUCUGGAGGAGGCCCAGGCUCGUACUCAGGCACAGCUGGGUUCCCCGGCCACCACCCCCUCCCUCAGCCACAGCGACUACAUCGAGGUCGGGGAGGGACCCGGAGCUCUGAUGGGCAAGUUCCACACGGUCAUCGAGCUCCCGAUGGAGAGCAGCAGGCGACCUCCUCCUGCGAAGGCCAAGAAGUCUCCUGUGGGGAACUGGCUCUCCUUUUUCCACCUGGGCAAGUCCCAUUCUUUGUCUAAACGUAAACUGAAGCGACACCCCAGCGAGCCUAAUGAGAUAAAGAGCAUUGCACUGCCAGGCGGACGAGGGGAUGGCGGCACUUUACGUUCAACCAAGAGUGAAGAAUCACUCACCUCUUUGCACAAUGUGGAAGGGGAACCUCCAAGUUACCGUCCCCUCAGACCUCGUUCGACCAGCGAGGCCCUCUCUGCCCUCGGUAACGAUGACCUACGGCGUCCUAGAAGUAAAGACGAGAACAAAACCCACCCUCUCAAUGAGAGUCAUCAUGGUGCUGAUCGUGGCUACACCGCCGCGUCCCUUUCACCUCCACCCCAGGAGGACGAGCUCGACCUCUCUCCGCCGGAUGCCGGCAUCUAUACUCUGGACUUUGACCCCAUGUCUUUCCAGUGCAGUCAGCUUGCAGCGACCCCUGGACUGCAGCGCAACAGGGACGGAAACAAACAGAGGAAGAGCGCAGGUUGCUCCAGUGAAUCUGAGCCAAUCUCUUCUCCCAACAACUACAUCAGCUGCUCUCAGUCACCGGAUAUUAGCCCGGUUCUCGGUAAAGGUGGGAAGAAUGUUUCCUCCAAGCCGCUGUCUCCUAAACUCAGGAAGAAGUCAUUUAAGACACUGGCAGACGUUCGGACCGCAGCCACCUCCCUGCCACCCCUCCCCUCCUCUUCUCCCCCAGUGCUGAGACGUGGCGCUCCUUCGGCAGACGGAAAGCAGCCGAGAGUCUCCUACCCUCACUGCAGCCCGCUCAGCACGGCGAGCCAGGCAUCGGCCCUGACCGACCUCAGCCAAUCUGCACAGAACCUGCCAGAUCCAGGAACAGAUAGACUUAUGAGUUCAGUGUCUGUUCUCCCUCCUCACCCUCCCUCGACGAGUGCUGCCCGCAAGUUGGCCCUGGCUCUGGCCGAAUCUGCCCAGAAGGCGAGCAGUGUCUCCCAAAGACGAAACAACUUCCCAUCGUACCCGCUCCAGAGACAUGAAGCCUGCCACGCCCAGGACAGACCGCCCCGGCCCUCCGUUCUCGAUCUCAACAUGUACCCUGACGAGUACUGCGGCCCUCGUGUCUCCUCUUCGGUUUCCCACUGGCAGUCAUCGGUGCACGGCCCAGUGGAGACCCGCUUCUGCCCUCACCCUGUCCAUUUCCCAGCCGCACACCUUCGCUCGGGGGGGCCUUCACAGGUCACUGACGCACAGGAAAGCGGCUGCAAUUUCACACCUAAUGUGAGCCCGCUCGGGUCAGGCAGUCUGGAGGAAGGCAGUGCAGAGAGGAGGGACCGGAGGGAGGAGAAGCAGCUUCGAGAUAUCAGACAAGCAGAGCCCACCUAUCAGAGCGUUGGUGUUUCAACACCCACUCAACCUGUCUGCUCAGCUCAGAGCCCAACAACUUCUCCCGUGUACGUGAACACAGACUCUACCAACGUCUUUAAUUUCCGUGCUGUUCUGGCCGAGACGUCCAUGCCUGCCUCCAUCGAGCAGGUCUUUCCCCGGCCGGUGCAACCCUCCUCAACUCACAGCUACAGCCCAGACGAGGACAGACCACUGGGUAUUGUUGAUGAUGUCUACAGUAAUCAUCCUCACCAUCAUCAUCAUCCUCAUUGGCCAGUACAAGCAGGACAAAUGCCCGCACCUCACUGCCCUCGGCUCAACGCCCUGCCACGUCACCUAUCAGGACCUAAAAGCCUGUACAGGCAAUCCUCUGAAAGCCGCUACAGCACUUUAGGUCUGAGGCAACCUUUGUCCCCUCAGUACAGACGUUACCGCAGAGAAGAGCACCUUACUGGUGGCUGCCACAGGCAACCGGACCAAUGGCAGAGGCCAGAUGAUAGUGUAUUUGGGCAUCCGGCCAUCCGGAGGGCUCGUUCCUUCCAUGCCCCACAGAUUAGUCACUAUGAGCUGGCAGGGACUGAGGUCCUGCCGCCGGACACCUUGUUUUACGUCGAGCAGAAGACGAGCCAAGAAGCGCCCUAUCAGAGGCUGAUCCAGACCGGCAUCCACCCUCUUCGGCUGCAGUUCGACAACACAAGAGCUGAACCCCGCUACUCCGCCUUCUCCGAUAUGAACCAAAUAGAUAGUUCCCACUAUUAUGUAGAGCCCUACCGGCAAAGCAGUGCACGACACAAUCAUUCUUAUAUCAAGCGUAACGGCAGAGAAGGCGCACCAUCAGAUUACUACAACUACUCUCCGCAACAUAUCCCCCCCGUGAACAGGGAGCUCUACAUAGAGAGCAGGGACACGGUUGUUUACGAGACGAGAGACGCAGACGCUUUUGAGAGAGUCGUAUAUCAGCCGGUCCGGAGUCAAUCCAAACGUAAGAACACGUCUCCAGCCGUUUCUCCAUAUGAGAGUCCCGUCUCACCGACAGACAUGAUAAACAGAGACAUAAUGCACACGAGGAGUAAGUCCGACCCUGGAAACGCCUGCCUCCUCUCCGCCGACAGGACAGAACAUGAUGCUACAUCUCCGACAUCCAUGAGGUCUCGGCACGCGGGCCCCGACGCCACUAGCCAGCCGUGCGGCCAGCAGUCAGCUGCAGAGGUGGGUCCAUCAAGGCGAACCCAGCAUCAGGCACCGCUUCGUAAAAUCCCCUCACUCCCAGAACGAGACGGUCCUCACCUCAAGAACACGGAGCACAUGGACAGAAGCCACUCACGAGGUCCUGACCAGGGUCAACCGAUGAUGACCCACGCUGCCAACAAAUACCCUGGGGUUGUGAAGCCCAGCAUCCUCAGGAGACCCGGGCGGUCACAGAGCACCCGAGAAAAUCGCCACUACUAUCACCACCACGCCAAAUCCCCUCUGGAUGCCGAACAUCCGGGAUCCCUAUCGACUCAGCUCAACAGAAGGACUCAGAGCACUAAAGUCAGGCCAACACAAUACGACCACAUGAAGGAGUAUUACGCAGCUCCCAGGCCUAAACCCACAAGAUCUGGUAAAGCCAUGGCUGGAUAUUUGCCCGGCCAGGGCUGCUUGUCCCCCCGCGGGCACAGACUGCUGUCCAAGGCUCUGGGUCAAGAGGGCUUUUGUCAGGCUGCACUGAGAUCAGAGGCCGGGGUCUACGAGGGAUUCUGACCACUGGUUUACAUCGGAAUCUCCAUCAAUUCGGGGCCAAAGGAGAACCGCACUUUAAACCUCUGCCAGACCAACAGACUGUUGCAUUGAAAGUGUGUUUGUUUGAACCUCCAGGAAGCUGCUAAAGGAAGUGUGCAGUGAGGCUGCUGCUGCUGCUGCUGGGGUUCCGCAGUGUCGCCAUCAUUGGUUGUUUCAUUUAUUGCAAGCAGCUCUUGCAGACUUAAAAGGGAACAAAUUAAUCGUACGCAGAUUUUUGUCUUAUAUUUAGAGAUUUUUGAAAAAUAACAGUAAGAGAGGGCAUGCUCAAGAAAAUUAUGGCUUAUAUAUAUUUUAUUUAACGUCUAAAUAACAAGCUGAAGUAACAGGUUUUAUUGAUAUGAUUUUAAAGUGCGUAUAGGAAUGUGUAUAAAGCAACAUUCAUUUUAAAUGUAUUAUAUUUGUAUAAAAUAACACACAGCUAACACGUGGCCAAUGUACUGUACAUUUUGUUUUCUAUUCUAGUCUGCUCAGACGUCAACAAGCACUUUGGAGGAUAACUGUGUAUGAAACACGCUGUCUUAACGUGGUGUACAUGAAGCCUCUCCAUAUACAGUCUAUUUUUGUUCUGUAAGAAAUGGCUUGCUCUGAAUAAUCUGUGAAUUAGCACUUUUUGGGGUGGGGGGGUGGGUAAUGGAUGAUAACCUCAUGGUUUCUAACUUUUCACAUAUUUCUUUCACAACAUUGUGUGAUGCGAUCGCAGCAUCACAAUGCGAGUGCUAUGAUUUCCUUGUCAAAGCUAUCGUGGCAGAAUCCGCUCAACAUAAUUCCAAUUGCGCUCAUUCGGUUCGGUGAAAAAGUGUAUUUUGUAUGCCAACGUGGUUUUUGUCACAAAAAAAAUAUCUUUCCCCUUUUCAGGGGAACUUUUAACAACGUGGUGUUUUACAUGAACUUUGAUGUUGUUUUAUCCAUUAAAGUUGCUAUUUCAAACCCAAACAUGUAGAAGAGGAUAUUCUGUUAAGAUAUGUUACAAAUGCGUUAUUUUAGUGAGAGUCUUAAAAGGAAAUAAAGAUAUAUUGACAGUGA